AUGCGUGGUGGCUGCAAGUUCUUCGAUGAGACCGACCAGCCCCAGUCAGCCAGGAAACGAACCCGACGUACUGAAAGAGACGUUCAUAACAGUGGCUACACUGAACGUACCAACAACGGUGAAGACGGCGAUGGCAACGACGGCGGCGACGACGACGACGAUGAUGGCGACGAGGAUGGAGACGAUGAUGGAGACGAUGGCGAUGACGAAGACAAAGACGAAGACGAAGACGAAGACGAAGACGAAGAAGCUGGGAAGAGCCAGACCCUUAGACAAAUACUGGACCGUGAACAUAAAGUUCUGUUGAGGCAGGCCAACCCAACAGCCUACUACACUGAGGACAUGUUCGAAACGUUAUUUGCUGAACUGCGCAAAAAGCACAAGCAAGACGCCCACGUGCACCUGUUCCCGGCCUCUAUGUGGCAUUCCCCGGGCAGUAUGGAAUGCACCGUUCCGCCGUCUGCCAAAUCCUGCGACUUCCUUGUCUUUCCCAUCGACCACGGGUCCCACUGGUCGGUCAUUUUUUCCGAUCUCCGGGGCGGGAGGCCGGUUCCGUGUCCGGCCGAAGGCCCGGCUGCGCUUUUGUUCCUGAAUGCCGUUCUGGAUCCAUUUGGCCACAGGCUCCCUCUGGAGGCAGAUAGGGUUCUCGAAUUUCUCAUAAAACAUGCGUUCGCGCAACCCGUCCCCCGCCAGACCGCACUGGUUUCCAGACUCGACCUGGUGCACGAUCUUCCACGCACGCCCCACGACGAGAAGGGCCUCUUUGUCCUACGAGGGCUGGCUUGCUUUCUGCACAGCCCGGGGGCCUUUUUUGAGAACGCGAUUGCACGGCCUAGCGAAUGGGCGGCAGAAGGCAAGCCCACAUCCGAGUCGGCCCACACCUCCCACGACGAGGUUAUGCAAACCCUCGAGGCGAAAAUGAUCGAGUCGGCAGCCGACCAAUACGUGCGGGACUUUAAGAUGUCGACACAGGGGUACUAUAAAGCGCUUCGCCGAGCUGUCGGACACCGCUUCCUCUGUGACGAUGGGCAUUCCGAGGAGUCCGAAAGCGAGACGAAUGAGCCCUCGGACGAAGCAAAUAUCGGUACGGAGCGACCGACUGUUGUCGAACCAGCCAGCACCGAGCCACCUAAUCUCGAACCCAACGGCGGCUUGCCGGGUUCUGCGUCUACUGAGCCUGUCGAGCCUGAACCUGCCGAGACUGAAGAGCCACCCGCCACUGAGACCCUUUCUCCAGAACCCGAAGAACGGUCAACCAUCCAUGUGGUUAUUCAAAAAGCCCCUAGAUGCCGCGAAGUGUCCCCUGCCCGCUCCGAAAACAACAUGGUUCCCAGCAGGGAUCCGGAGCCCGCUACGACAGUCUCUCGUCCCGAACCAACGACACGCCUCCCUCCCUUUGCCCAAGCCGCCGAGGCGCAAAUGGAGGUCGUCGACAACCGUGAUGACGACGACGAUCUAUACGUGGGCGGAAGGCCGGCGGAAUCGAAACCGACAGUCACGGGCCAACAAGCCUACGAUAGGUUCGAGACGAGAUUCAUCUUCACGCAUCGAGAGACUCCCGGUCCACGAAGCGCAUGA